GUUUUCCCUCCGUCAUCCGUCAUAGCUGUACCUCAAUAUACUUUUGUUUCCAACCCCAGCCUUUAACGUAAACAGUGCUCUUCAAACAAUAUGACCACUAAUGACAAAUACAUAGAAUGAAAUCAAAAGAUAUGACAGAAGAUGAGUGCAACGGUGAGGAGGUGAUUCCCAUACCAGUUCAAAUAUUUCUAUGGAGACAGACCACACCUUUUGUUCGACCACGUCUUGGAAAAUUACAUGACUCUUCAUGCAUGUUCUGUCAACGCGCUCCAGGACAUCAUGAACUGAAGGAAGCUUGUAAGUCGUUCGAAAAAGUACUAGUUCAAAAUUUGAGAUUAGGUCUCUCAAGCAGUCUCACUGAGGCUAUUGAAUCAAUACCACGAUGGCGCCUCAUACAAGCAGCACUGCCUCAUGUCAUGCAUUCCUUGGCAUCAGUGCUUCACACAAGAGUAAAGGACAAUAUGCAGUCACUUGGAAACGUGGAAACAAAGCUGUUGUAUACUCUUCACUGGAUCCUUCUCGAUGCUUCCGAUGAAUGUGCUGACAAUGACUAUGAAAAUGGCGUAUUCUAUUCAAACCCAUUUCACUAUUUGUUUUCAGUACCAACAAUGACGCUAUUUGUAUUUCUGUUUGCACCACUUUCGCACCACCUGAAAGAAUCAGACUUCACCAAUAACUAUCGCUUAGAAAAUGGUCUUAAGAUGUGGCAGGCGAUGUGGGAAUUUCGACAUCCUGAUGCGCCUUGUUUUACAACACUUGUGAAACCAAAACCGAAGCCUUUAGGUGGAAAAUAUUCGAAAAGGCCACAACACAGCGACGUAUUUCUUGGAAGGAAAUUUUCAAAAGAAGAAGGCACGGUCAAUGGUAGUCCACCAAGUCAGAAUGUAUCCCUAUCACAGUCGGAUGUGCCAUCCAAACAAGCUAGCACUGAGGAGGAGCCGUGGCUAUCAUCACCUAAAGAAACUAUUUUUCCAGAAACAAUACCCGAAGAGAGUUCGAGCACCGAAGAAGAACAUGUGUUUAUAUACCGACUUCCCUCCGAACAAAAUUUUGGUGGUUCCGUGAAAGAGGCGUAUACAGUUUAUGCAGCCGAUCCAAGCAUUUUCCAAUUUCGAAGAACGGACACGUCUAAGCAGUCGUUACCCGGGAUAAAACCACUGCCUCAAAUAACUAAGAUGAGCUCAUCAGACAAAGAGUCUCUUUCUGACAGUGGAGGUCCUGGCCCAAAGGAUACAUCAACAACAGCAGAAAAGCCGCAACCAACAAAAAAAGUACAUCUAUCUGCCGCCACAUUUUUAGACAUAGCCACGUUGCGAUGCCUGUUUACUUCACAAUGGCAAGAGGAAGGCGUAUAUUGGGCGCUGCAUUACCUUUAUAACAGGCUCCGGGACAUAUGUGACGACAUGUCCAAACAGACUCAACCACGUAAAAGAAGCAAUUCUCUACCGAUACCGAAAAUAGAAGUAUCAGUUUACCAAAGUCCGGACGUAAAAGAGCGUGAUUCCUUGAAGAAUUUUAUAGAAGUCCCCGAACCUAAGGACAUAUCGCCAGUAACGGAGCUACCGUUUCCGGUACAGCCAAGAGUCGAGGAAGAAAACGUUAUGAGCCGGAGGUCCAGUGAAAAGAUAAAGCGUAAAAUGAAAAUGGCCGAUCUGAAAGCGUUUGUCGAAACAAAAUUGCUCUCGAAGUCCGAAAAGGCGUUAGAGAAAAUCGGACAGGAAGAUCAAAAGUUCACUUUUCACACAGCCGUGAGGAUGAUAUCUGAGUACCACAGGAGCUUGGACAACGCAGACGACAGGCCCAAUUCCGCUUUGGCCAGCAAUUUCCCUCGAGCCGGUCCGCGCCUUACCGGUGAUAUGUUUCCGUGCAAUCUCAUCAAAGGGAAAAGUAUGCCGAGUCUGAGCUGUUUGAUUGAUGAGCUAGCGUCGAACGGAUAUAUCGGUGAAGUGAAAACUGAACGCGCUCAAGGCCCGUCGAACACAGUCCCCUCUAACGUGCAAAAAAAGAAAAAUCCCAUAAUAACAGUUACGGAACACACACCAACACCAUCUCCCGAUUAUUUGUCGAAAACACAACAGGGCUCGAUGGAAUCUCAAAUAGAUUCGGUAAGUAUGCAAGGAUCUCAACACAUACCGACGCCUGAACGAAAGCCCAGUUUGACGAGAUCUCAGACGGAUUCGAACAUCACUUACAUAGUUGAAGAAAUACAGGAGGCGCCUGGAUCUGUGAACUACAUCACUAAAGAGGGCGACAUUAAUUUCCAAGUUGUAUUGAAAGCCAUUCAUUCCGUAUCGACGCUGGACAGCUAUUACAUAACGCUUCGAGUAAUGGAGGUGAUGCUAAACUUGGUUGACACGUUGAUGGAAAUCGGUGUUCAUAAAAACUGGCAAAGCAAUACUCCUGAUGACCCGCAGCCCGGGACAGUCGAUCCGAUGUCGGACUUCAACAAAGAGAAGGAGAAUAAGGAGAGGGAUUCCGGUAUACCUUGCGCACACAGUCAAGAGUCGACGAACGUAGAAGGAGGUGAAAGUGCUAAAGAACGGGCAAAGGAAGAAGAGAACCUAGAUUGUCCAUAUUUCAUGAUAAUGCAAAUAAUUUUAAGAAUACUUCGUCAAUUGGGAUGUUCGCACGGCUGCACCACGGCGCUGCGCGGUCCGCAAGCCGAAUGUCUCCGUGUUCAGGCCCGCAACUCGCUCCGUCAGCUUCGAGCGGCCUCGAUACCAAAAUUUACGAUCCGACUAAAGGAUAUGACAAAAUUCUCCCCGAUCAGAGAAGUUCUGGACAAUCUACAUGCCGCUAUAGGGUUCUGCGCUGAACCAUCAGCAAUGGUUUCGCCGAUGAAUCAACAAAAGCGAAACUACGCGAAGUCGCCGGACAUCGCUCAACUACAAAACGAUUAUGCGACGAAUUUCGGCCAAGGACAAGGUCCGAACAGAGCCAUUGAGAUCUUCAUCAUAGAGGCUACCUUUAGAGUGCUCGUCACUAGAUUUGCAAUGAUGCACAAGGAGUUAAAGAAUCUAGAUAAUUCGACAUUAUACAUGGAAGUGCGGCUACUUUUGAGUUAUGUGAGAGAAGCUCACGGCACCGAGUAUCGUGUGGUGGCCUUCAGCGCUUUGCUCGACACGGCAGAGAGACCAGACAAUCAACAAAAGGACUCCAAUAUGCAGACCACUAGAGUUAUACGGCACAUCUCUCGUGCGUCUGAAGAAGAGCGCGGUUCGGAUACAGGCGCGGACUCGGGCUGCGCCGCCGACGAGCGGCUACAUAAGAAGUUCACCUUCAAGAAACGAAGCACGUCAUCUACCGGCGCACAUAGCCUUCUCGACACGGAAGGAGGCGACGAGUCUGCUAGCCAGUCGCCGCUGUCCACCCGCACCCGCCGCUACCAGCUGACCCCUCGACACUCCGAACGCACUAUACCGGCCACCUCCUCAGCCGACAUCACGCCUCAUCACAAAAUUCACCAUUCGAAAUCCAUACCAUCCAAAUUUCACAUCAGUGGAAUCGUGAACUGGUUCCGUCAGAAGCCACAGUCUCAAGCGAAUCUCAUACGCAACGGAGCGGGUUCGGGGGAGUCGCUGCCGAUAUCGGGCAGCAUGGUGUCCCUGGCGCGCCCCGUGCACGUCGCGCAGCCGCACGUCAGCCGCCCCGUGCACGUCAAGCGCAGGGUCGGAUACACUUUGAACAGGGCUCGGAAACGUGUCGAAGAUCGCUUGAACAGGUUCGGUCUCCGAAAAAUGGGGAAGAAAAGAGACGGCAGUAUUGAAGAGAGCAGUGGAGGAUACAUGUCACGAAGAUGCUCAGCGGAAGGCGGGUCGGGUGGUGGUGAGUCUGAAGUGGUGGUGCUGAAGCGGAGACGUCUGGUGGCGGCGGCGCCCCUGUACGCGGGGCUGGCGCGGUUCAGCUUCAUGCUGGACGCCACGCAGCCGGGGGCCACGCCCGACGCGCUUUUCAUGGCCGCACUCUUAGAUUUACCACACACAGCGGUCGUUGGAAGAGCAGCUAUUAUGUUAGAAUGUGCUCAUUUAGUACACAACUGUAACAAAGGGCAGUGGCCGUAUUGGCUGAAAUCUAACGUGAAGGGAGCAACCUCAUUAAGCCCCCAACUCAGGAGACAACGUCUCGCUGGUAAACUUUUCUAUCAAUGGGCUGAAGCUAUAGGAAACCGGCUUGAAGAGAUGUUGAUUGAGGACAAGAAACACAUCGAAACUGUGGUUAAUUUGGUAAACGACCCGGAUGGACAGCGCGAGCUUCUGCAGCAAGACGAGGAAGAAGACUUUCUAGACGAAGCCAGUAUUCGCUUGCCUGGAAAACCGAUUGGCGCCGAUUGCCCUCGAGCGCUAAGAAUCGUAGCCUGUGUGCUGUUGUUCGAAAUCACUGCCUUCCUUCGCGAGACUUACCAAAGCCUGCCCAAGACAUUCAGAUCGUCUUUAAAAGAAAGAGGACCUUGGGACAGAGUCUACAGAUGGAUGGAAAAACGACGAUUGUUUUGUAACAAUAAGGCUAUUAGCAGUCAACACACAUUAAUGCCAGUCGAGGAAGCGAAUCGUCGAUGGAGUAUGGCUUUAUCGAGCAUGGGACACUCACAAGCGUCCGCACAAAGCCUCCAGUCGAUUGCAGGAGCCGAGACUGAAAGGAAAAUAUCUUUUGUUCUACAUGAACCCGAAAAUGUCUCUGGAGGCAGUAAUGUCACUUUGGCAGAUGCCAUACCACCGAUACAGGAUGAGAAACGAGGGAAACUAGGGUCGAGGGGGAAGGGGGGAAUGCAUCGUCGCAACACACAGCAGGCGCAUUCCGCCUACGGAUCCUUCAAGAGACGCUCUAUCAAACUGAGGCAGAAGGACAACAGGGAGGUCGAUGAAUUUAUCACAAGAAGAUCAGAUUCCAUACAAAGCAAACGUAAAGUAUCGUCUCUCUCAGACCGGAGCGACACUUCAGAAGUCUAUCCAGGAGCUGGAGGUACCGUAAUAAUGCCCAACGAAGUGGAUAGCGGCGGUGAAGAAAGUCCCGGAGUGCUAUCUGAUGAUCACGAUCACCCGCCCGACAGUCCCGACAGCAACUCCACUGAUCCCCCGGAUACUAACAAGGGCUUCCCCUGGCUUAAGGUGAUGGUGAAAUUUUUGAAUUCCUUCAAUUACGUUUGCUGCCAUCAGAACUUCUGCCACCCGUAUUGUUUCCGGCGCAACAUGCGGGCGAGUACGAGACUUAUGAAGUCAGUACUAAAGAUUUACGGAGAGAAGUUUGGUCCAGAACAAAACGCGGCAAGCUCUGAAGAAUGUGUCGGCGAAGCUCGUCGUGGUAGACGAACACGGAAACCAUCCGAACAUUGCACUGAUAGGAUUGACAGAUCGGUAAUAGAGAGCGCUGGCCUCGCGUACAGAGCGGCGGGGGGCGAGCAUGCACUGCCGCACACAGAUGCGCCGCCCGCCGCCAAGCCCGGAGCUGUGCCCUAUCCCCCUGGCGACCCCCCUGCCAUACUCAAGUAUCUCAAAGGGCAGGUUCGUGAAGCGUAUCACACUCCACUUGCAACGCUAAUCAAAGGAGCGACCACGAUGAGUGAAGAAAUGUUCGCCGAAUCGGCUCGAGUGGCUUGGCAGCUGCUGUUAGAGUCGGAUAGGGAACUGAGCUCGUGUGCAGCGGCGCUUUUUAUAUUGGCGGCCGUGAAAGCUCCUCAAGUUGCCACCGAGAUAAUGCAUAAUGAUCUGAAGCAUACCGAACCGGGGAUAAGGAUCAACGCUAUUCUAAGGUUCCAAGUAAUAUGGAAACUCCGUUAUCAAGUCUGGCCUCGUAUGGAAGAAGGAGCGUCCAUGACGUUUAAAGUUCCACCGCCGGGCAUCGAGUUUACACUGCCUUCGCCGAAGAUCGGUAUAGAGUCUUUAGCGGUUGUUGACCCACCAUGGAGUCCACUCGUCAAAGACAAGGAUAUGGAGAUGACGCUAAAUCAAGAGAGACAUCGUUCGUUAGUAACAGCAACGAAAACGCGCAAGAAACAACAGACCGAAGCGAUGAAACUGGCACUACAGCAACAGAACGACAAGAAACGAGCCGAAAGAGAGAGCUUCCUCAUCACCACCAUACCCAUCACGAGACAGGCGGCCAGGGAACCGGCUCUGGAUCACGCGGCUGAUGAUCAUAUUGAACCACCAGCUGACGAAGAGAUAGUAGAAGGCGUGCGGGGCACUCAUCACACUCAAGCGGCAUCAGCUCUGUUCCCUUCUACUCUGUGCUCGGCGGUGGCGGAGAUAGUCGCCUUGUUGGACGACGCGGCUGUGUCCAGAGAUGGAUGCUCUGUAUAUGAAGUUGCUUAUCAGGUGAUCUGGUGUUGUCUAGUGGAGGACUCUGCUUUAUUCCUCCGUCAUGUCCUCGAACGUCUAACGAGAGAUCACCAGGACGAGAUGUUCAAACUGCUCCGGCACCUGAUAAGGUUCAUACCGCGCCUGCCGCAACAGGCGGCUUUCGCUCUCUAUAACUACAUCAUUGGUUACGUCAUGUUUUACGUGAGGAGUCCGCACGAAGAGGGACAGAGGCUGGUCGGUGCCGCGCUAUCUAUAUUAUGGAUGGUGGUACACAGCGUGCAUGGUAUAAUGUUUAAGGAUUUGAAGCAAAUCUUACGUAAAGAACAAUGUGACGCAUCCAUAUUGCUAACGGCGAACGUGCCAGCUGCGAAGAAGAUAAUUGUUCAUGGUCCAUCUGAUAACGAAGGAAGUAUCCCAUCACAAUUUCCUGUCCAAGAGGAUACAGUUUUUGCUCAAAUAUUGAAGGAGUCCUUAGACUUCUUCAGUAUACCAGAAAAAUUGCACAAGGAACACUUUCUUGUCGAUUUCAAAACGCGUCAAAUCCACAACCCUCAGAACUACGUGCGUGAUCACUAUUUCUUCAAACGUUCGCAAUAUCCUCAGCUGGGUCUAGUCCACAUGGAACCCGAGGAGGCAUUCAACAAACUGCAACAGCAAGAAUUGCUUCUCAAGUUCAUAGAAAUAGGAAAAGUUUUGCUCACUUGGGCGAUUCUCAAAAAUGUUGAUAUGGUGGUACAGAGAGUGGUAUUCUUGCACGACGAACUUAUGAAACUACCCUCGUUUCCUCGCAAAGCGCUCGAAGCCGAUCUAACGUUGUACAGUCGGGGACACCUUGGCACCACUUUAUUGGGACUCGAUGUAUUACACAAAUUUAUGUGGGUUCGUUUGAUCGCACGCAUGUUCGAAGCGAUGGCCGGAAACUUCACGUCUUCACGCGACAUACAUUUGUUUUUGAACGUAUUGAACGGUGCAUUAAUGCUUCACAGCGAAGACGCAUUGAUAUUAAGAUACGUUAUUGCGACAUAUGUAAACGCUGCAUCGAACUUUAAAAGUAUAUUCUCAACAAAUGGGUAUUUACUGAUCAUGCCAACACUACUUCAAAUCUAUUCAAAUUUUCAAACAAACAAACUUGUAACAACUACAAUUGAGUACGCAGUGAAACAAUUUUACUUAUUGAAUAGAAAACCAUUUAUACUCCAAAUGUUCGGCUCAGUGUCGGCCAUAUUGGAUACUGAUGAAGAAUCUAUUUACGGGGACGCAAGCAAAGUGCAGUCCAGUUGUUUGUUCAACUUGCUUCUCAGCUUAGAAACGCCGUCCCCGGAUCCACUACACAUAGCCGAACUAAUCAAAGAGGACAAACCUUUGAAGCCGAUAGAUUUUUGCUACCGUGACGAAGAGGAGAUGGUCAACGUACUGGACUGCAUCAGUUUGUGUGUGAUGGUCGUAUCAUAUUCAGCCGAGAGUUUCAGAGGGUAUCAAAUGUUGAUAAUACUGGAAGCAAUAUUGCCUUGCUACGUCAAGCAAAUAGAGUCUCCCACUUAUAACAGAGAAGGUAAAACGGAGAAAGAGAUUAUUCAACAGCUCGCCAUUGCCAUUAAAACUCUGGUCAACAACUGCGAGGGAUUAUCCAAAUCGUACAAUGGGCCGUAUCGGACAUCGCCCGAGCAUAAGGGUUCGUCCCAGAGAGCCGGUCAACGGACCACGGCCGCCACGAUCAUAGCUUUUGAAGAAUCGCAUUCAAAAUUCGACAACUCUAAGCUGCCAGUGCAAGAAUACACUGGUACUGAAGACUCGGAACUGGUGCGCGCAGAAUACCGUCGUCCUAGAGACGUGCUGUUGUCGUUGGUCGGCAACUUCAUAGGGCACGCCACCGCGCGGCUCAUUGAACUGAACGGGUCCAAGGGCAGCGGCGGCAGCGAGGGCAAACCCGUCGAACUCUUGGACUGCAAGUCACACGCUCGUUUAGCCGAGAUAGCCCACUCCCUGCUGAAGGUGUCGCCGUACGACCCCGAGUCGAUGGGCUGCCGCGGGCUGCAGCGGUACAUGAUGGACGUGCUUCCCGCCGCCGACUGGGAGAACGACGCGCUGCGGCCCGCGCUCAACAUGAUCCUGCGUCGGCUCGAUAAGGUCUUCCUGAAGAUCGCCAAGAAACCGAGCAUACGGAGGAAUACAGCAUGGGAUUCAGCAGCGACAUUACUGAAAGGCGUGUACGAAACGAUGACGCGAUGCACGUACAUAAUGCAGUGGCCACAAGUGAAGACUCUCCUCAAUACGAUCCAAGCGUUGAUAGUGUCGGAUAACAACAGCGGCGAGAACUUGUCUUCCGCGACUGCCGCGCUGAUGUCUCAGCCGCCACCUCCACACUUUUGCAGCACCGUCGUCCGACUAAUUGCACUGCAAGUUAUUAACACCGGGGAUAGCUACUCUUUAGAACAAAUGUGUGGUGGCAGCGCGAUAUUUCCUACAGCCGAGAAAACGGAGAAUAUGCUUAUGAAUCUAUUCAUGCCUCUGUGCUUAAGAGUCGGCAGUGGGAGAAAAGACGUUCCCCCGCUGCGGCAGUCGGACGUGAGCUACCUGGUGUCGGUGGUGCUGAACGCGCUGUGCCCGCCGGCGCCGCCCGGGCAGCUCGCGGCCGUCAACGCCAAACUUAACGCAUCCGACGCACGCGUCAACUCGCUCACCUUCACCGGCAGCAGGGACACCAGGAACACGACCAGGCUGUCCAACCAACUCUACCGGAUCGCGUUCCUAGCGUUGAAGGUGUUGUGCGCGUGCUUCACGAGCGAGCUGUGCUCGGAGUGGGGGAGGAUAGCGCGCGCCAUGCGGGAGCUCGGCCGCCGGAACGAGGCAGCGCAUCACUUGUGGGACUUCCUCGAGCACGUGGUCACCUACCGCACGCCGCUCUACAUACUGCUACAGCCCUUCAUCGUGCACAAAUUGUCCCAGCCGCCGAUCGGCGACAACGAGCGUCACAUGCAGUUCGUGGUCCGCGAGCGCGUCCGCGGCCUGAAGCUGCCCGCGGCCCGCGCGCGCGGCGCCCUACUCGCGGAACUCGCACGGGAACUCCGCAACAUGAGAGAGACACACGACCAGUUUAAAUUCGAACAAAUAGCUGAAAAUCUUGGACAAGCGGGGGGUAAGCGCGCGUCUGAAGUGUUCCCGCGGCCUCCAAACAUGUCGGACAAACAUCAACAGCACCGGCCCUCGUUGAUCUCCAUGCUGGUGGGGCGGACCGGCGCGAGCAUCCCGCGCACCCCCGACCAUCCCUCGGCACCCCUAUCUGCCCAAAGAGCAGCUUUUGUAUAUUCAGAGUCACUGUCGAGCAGUUCAACGACCAGCCAACAGAUGCCCACUUUCGACGUGCCUCUGAUCAGUGGACGAUUCAACGACAACGGUACGAACAACACGAGCAGCAUCAACUCUAAUAUAGGUUCGCUGAACAAUUACGGCAGCGAUACAAAGCUCGCGGUGAGCACACCGUCGUACGCGAGCGCACCCGCCAAGUUACGGUUCGUUCCUUCCGUCGAGCUGAAGUUCACGUCGGAGCAAGGCGAAGGGUCCAGGCCGUUCUCGCCGCUGUCGCCCGGAGACACGUCGUGCGGGGAAGCGCGGGGAGGAGGAGGCACGGACAGCCCUGACGACCGGCCUCGGCUGCAACGGGCGCACGGACCUUCGAAAAAAACAUUCAAGUUCCGCCGCAGCCGGCACACCAAGCCGGACCAGGCUCGUCUGGAAUCUGACGAAGGUUCAUCUCCCGGCGAGGGGAGACGGCUGAGCGUUGCGCCGUUACUGCAAGCGCAACCAUUUCCGGAUACGUCGUGUGACAGUGAACCUUCGCAAACUUCCUCUACGUCCGGAUACAGGGAGAGCUACAGCCUGCAGGCCAGCAUGGCGGAGUCCCCGGGCGGCACGUGCCGAGCGGCGCCCCGCAGCGCCAGCACCACGCCGCACGCCAGCCCCGACGCAUCUCUAAGUUAUGAAUCUGGAACAUCAUCCGCUGAACGUACCGCGCUACUCGGAGCUGCCAGCCAGCGUUCCCUUUUGCUAAGUGGCGACUUAAGAGAUGAAGAUACUUUACUUUAAAUUAAUAAAAAAACAGCUCAUCAUAGUCAUGG